AUGUCAUCCUCCGUAAACAAAUUUAAAAUUCUAAUUCUAGGAGGGUAUGGUGUAUUCGGGAAGCGAUUAACUUCGGAAUUGAUGAAAAUACCACAUUUCUCCAACAAGACAAACGUUGGAACAAAUUUUGAUAUUAUUAUUGGAGGAAGAAAUUUGCAGAAUGCUCAAGAGUUUGCUCAUCGGCUGAAUGCGGCCAAGCCAAUCAAUAAUGGCCAUUCAUCACCAUUUACAGCAUCUGCUUCUGGAAUUUCAGUGGAUAUUCACAAUGAACAACAUUUCAAAAAGACUCUACGGGAAUUGCAACCAAAUCUUGUCAUUCAUACUUGUGGACCAUUUCAGGGACAAAAUUAUCAUGUUGCUGAAGAGUGUAUUGAGAAUGGAGUUCAUUAUUUGGAUUUGGCAGAUUCCAGAGAAUUUGUAUCUCAAUUUUCAAAACAUUUGAAUGAAAAAGCAUUGAAACAUAAUGUUGUGGCCAUCUCUGGAGUAAGCACAGUUCCUGGAAUUUCCUCCUCAGUGAUUGAUUAUUGCUCACGAGAACACAAUGAAUUUGGUUUUACAGAAAUUCACAAAGUAGAAUGCAGUGUAAGCCCUGGAAACAGAGCUCCAAGAGGAGAAUCUACCAUGAGAGCUGUGUUAAGCUAUUGUGGGAAGCCAAUUCCUAUGGUUGAAAAUAAUACGAAAAUUAAUGUGAUUGGAUGGCAGGGCUUGAAGCAAAUUCAAUUGAAGGGCCUUUCAUCAACACGAUAUGUCUCCUAUUGUGACGUUCCUGAUAUUGAUCUCUUUCCAGAAUAUUAUCCUCAUUUAAAAGAAUACAAAUUCAGAGCUGGAUUAGAAUUGGGAAUUUUUCAAUUUGGUUUGUUAGGAAUGUCUUAUUUGACUCGAAUGGGAAUUGUGAAUGAUUGGGCAAGCAAAGCACCUCUUCUCAAAAAGAUCAGUGAAUGGUUUUAUAACAUGGGAACUGAUUCUGGAGGAAUGCAAAUGAUAAUGACAGGAAAGGAUCGUCAACACAAUGAGAAAAUUGUUCAAUUCGAUUUAAUAGCCCUGAAAGGAGAUGGACCACAAAUUCCUUCAACACCAGCAGUCAUUCUCGCCCGAAAGAUUGCACAAAAUGAAUUGAAAGUGGGUGCUCAACCAUGUAUUGGUCAGUUCACAUUGGAUGAGCUUAUGGCUGCUUUAAAAGAGUUCAACAUUUCUCAUUCGUUUUCGGUUGGGAAAUGA